GGUGCCUACGGAAGUGACGUAGCACUCGUCUUUGUGUUUGGCGCGCCGCGGGUUUUUGUUUUCUGUGCUUGGCGCAACUCGGGUUUUGGUGUCAAACGAGCAGUUUUCCCGCAGAACCGGAUCAUGUCUACCAGAACCCCUGACCGGCGGACCGACGCCACCAGCAGCCGCCGCGAACACACCCGGAGCAGCGGUCCGUCCCGGUGGUCCCACUGCAGGAAGAGAGGCGUAGACGGGAGCAUGCGCACAGACGAGCAUGAGCGCACAGACGAGCAUGAGCGCACAGAAGGGAGACAUUCCAGUUUUACCACCCCAGAGAGUUCAGGUCCCGUGUCCCGCUGCGCCGCGUCAUCUGACUGGGGAAGUCAGGUGGAGGACAACGAGAUGAGGAGAGACCUUCACAGAGACCUGCAGCGGUACAGGAGGAGGAUCUUGGCUGCAGACGGCCCCCACAGGGAGAGGAAGGCGUCCUCUGGAUCAUCUGGGAGCUGCGACUCCAAAGAAGAAGAAAGCUUGGAGACGGAUGAAGGGGUGUUGCUGCGGCGACAGAAGCAGAUCAGCUACGGCAAGAACACACUGGCCUACGACCGCUACAUAAGGGAGGUCCCAAAACACCUCCGUCAGCCGGGCAUUCACCCAAAGACCCCAAACAAGUUCAGGAAGUACAGCCGUCGCUCCUGGGACCAGCAGAUCAAGCUGUGGAGGGUCAAGCUGCACGCCUGGGACCCCCCCACAGACAACGGCACCCAGGAGGACAAUGAAGAGCAGCUGGACCUGGGGGACAUCAUGGACAUUGAGCUGGACUUUCCCACCCUCGCAGAGCCCGGCCCCCAAGCUGCCCACGCCGGGGUUAUGGAGGACCCAGAAGGAACAGGAACCCCGGUUAAAGUCCAGCGGAUGGACGCUGCAGCGGCGUCCGACGUCGUAUAGCUUACUGGUUCAGAAAGGCCGCGAGCCUCCGGUGCUGGUUUUUAAGGCGGGGAGACGAUCUGUGGCCUUCACUUGUUCUUUCCACUCCCCCAGAGAUGUUCAGGAGUUCUGCAGCCCCACCCUUUAUGCAGCUUUGUUCCACUUGAACGGUUCUGAAUCCGGUGACCUUUCAGAACCAGAGGAGACGGCCAAAGUUGCAGCUUCCUUUGCUGGGCCGGGCCCUGACCUGUCUCAGGUGUCUGGAGCCCUUAGGGUUCCACUUUGUUUACUUGCAGCUUUUAAGUUCUGUUCUGAAGAUUUCAAUAAAACAACGUUUCUGUUGACCCUC